AUGCUGUCGGACCAAUCCAAACCUAUUUCAGCAAUUUCCCAAAUUCUCAAGACUUUCAAGACAUUUAAAAAAAUAACAAAUCAACCUGGAUUUUGGACGGGGGACGAUUGGAAUCGUCAGGGAAGAACCAAAGGCACCACAAAAACCAUUAAAAAUCGACCUUUGAUACACAGCAAAGGGAGCAGAGACAAAUAUUGGACCACCUUGAUUACUGUCAUGUCGACUCACCUAUAUGUUCAGAUUUAUUUAUUUUUCGCCCUGUUUCGUCCGGCCUUACACUUUCUUCCUUGUUCGAAGAGUCUGCGCCGCAUUUGGGUCCUGGGCUGCGAUCACUUUAAGCCGGAAGUCUUGCGCGCACUUCCGGCCUCGGUCCUGACGGUCGACUUUGACGGGCAGCUCUACUUCCGGGGUCGGGCGGGCCCCGCUCUCAGGGCGCUCGGCACCGGGCGCGCGCUGCAGCGGCCCUGGCUGGUGCAGGCCGAGAGCUUUCUCAGAGCGCUUUCCACGGAGCACCAGAAGGUCCCGGACGUGAAGCUGCAGCCGUCCCAGCAGCUGCAGCUGGUCGAGCUGCACCUGGGCGAGGCGCAGGCGUCGGCGGAGCAGAUCAAGGACACCCUCCGGCAGCUGCCGCACCUGCGCCUGCUGCGCCACUACCAGCUGGUGUCGGCGCUCUACCACCUGCACGCCGCCGGCUGGCGCUCCGGGGCCGACCUGCCCACCUACAAGCUCCGCAACCUGGACGCCGACUUUUCACACGUGAUACGCUGCCGCAUGAGCCCCGAGCCGGUGCUGCCGGCGGACGCGCUGCAGCUGGCCGUGCGGCUGUGCCCCAGCGCGACGCAGCUGCGCGCCCGCUUCGACCCGCAGACCCCGCACGACGUGCUGGCGCCCGCGCAGCACCUGCCGCGCCUGCACCUGCUCUCGGCCGUGUGCGUGUCGUCGGGCCAGCGCGCGCACCUGGACUUCCAGGACGUGGCCGCGCUUCUGGAGCGGCACGGCGAGCACCUGCGCACCCUGGAGCUCAAGGUGCUGGAGGAGGUAGACGUCCACCAGGUGGUGGCGCUGUGCCCGCGCCUCGAGGAGCUGGUGCUGUCCGGGUGCGGCAACGUGACGCCGCCCAGCUGCGCGCCCUGGGGCUGCUCCUCCUCCAGGACGCCGUCGAGCCUCGCGCCGCUGCGCCGCCUCCGCCUGCUGUUCUACGCCGACGGCGACGACUUCAGCUGGGACCACGACGUGCCGCAGUGCUUCUGGAGGUGGACGCUGCUGCCCGCCAAGGAUCGAUCCUCCCACAUCGAAGGCGUUUUCCUGGAGUCGCCACGCUGGGACGCAGACACCGUACGGCUCCUGAGGACCAGCGCGCUCGCCUGCAAGGAGAGAGUGUACCCUGACCUCGAGGUGCUGAGCAUCUGUCGGGCUCCAGAGUUCAGCCCGGACCUGGUCUCGGCGCUGUGCGGUGGCGGCGCGCGGCACGGGGCCGGCGCCGAGCUGCCCCGCCCGCCCAAGCUACGCCUGGUGCACCUCAGCCAGUGCGAGCAGCUGGACGCCGAGGCGGCGCGCGCCCUGAGGCGAGACCUGGCGCCGGCCGCCGUCAUCGUGGACUAGCCAAGGAAGCCGAAAACAUUUCCGCGUGGAAAACUAAAGACUACUUUUCUAGAAAAAUGACGAGAAAACAAGUGACAACAUUUCACAAAAAUAAUACCCGAAAUAAUUUUCUGGAUAUGUAGAAAAUGUAAAUUCCUUGGUCAAAGACGCCGUACGUACCACCGUCAAGAGCAACA